GCACAUUUUUUGAAUUUUUAGUUAUUUUGGGAACUAAUCCUCAGAGCCCUCAGAGGAUGGUUCUCGUGUAAAAGGGAGGCUUUAGGAGCGUUCAAGUUGAAGUGUGAUGGAAAAUGGCGGAGGAUCAAGCAAGUCUGAACAGAAGCAAUAGUCUCGAACACUCGGGUGGCUUUUCGGAGGCAAUGCUUCACUUUAAGAGGGCAGCAGUGUUCAAACGGAAGCUGGAGCCCAGCUACAGUUUCUGCCUGCACAAGCACUACUGUAAGGCUGCCAACCGAAGCAACAAGAUCCACUGCGACUGCGGCGAAACUGAGGAUGACCCGCUGGCGUGGCACUGGGACCGCGGCCGGUCGACGCGAUCGGCCACCUUCCGUCCCACGCACGUGGCGUGCCACGAGACGCUGUCAACGGGCACGGCGCUACUGGUGGGAGACACACCACUGGAGGCCGGCGGUCACCACUACUUCGAGGUCAAACUGCUGACCGACCUCUACGGUACAGAUACGAUGGUCGGUGUGUGUACGGACCAGUUGGAUCCGGCGGCGGGCGAGCAGCGCUUCGUCAGCCUGCUCGGAGCCGACAACCACUCCUGGGGACUCUCGUACCACGGUAAAGCGCAGCACGGCGGCACCGGCUGGUCGUACGGACCAGAGUUCGGCAAAGGCUCCAUAGUGGGCGUGUAUGCCAACCUGCGCUCCGGGCAGCUUGAGUUCUUCCUCAACCGGCGCUCGCUCGGUGUGGCGUUCACCAACCUGCCGUGCGGGCCCGGCUCCGGCGUCCGCCUGUACCCGGCCUUCUGUACCACGGCGGCCAACACGUGUGUGCGCCUCGUGUCGGCCGCCUCAGUACCCGACUCGCUGCAGUUCCAGGCCACGGCCGUGGUCACGCGCAGCCUGCCGCGCUGGUCGCUGGCGCUGCCGGCCGCCCUGUGUCGGCUGGUGCGCCGGUUCGCCUGGCUCGAGUACCGCCAGCCGGCGCAGGCGUCACCGGGCGAUGACGCCGUGCAGCUGCUGGAUGACUCCCCCGCCCAGCAGCCCGUCCGGCCGCCACCGACGUUGGCGGUGACCGCAGCUCGGAGCGGCGGCGCCGGUGACCGGCUCGGUGGUGACGGCCCGGACCUCGGAUGGUCCCCACUGGAGCCGGACAGAGACACGGACUCGCCUCCGGUAGCCGUGGUGAACCGCGCCUCGCUGCCGGCCGCCGCCGUCGUCCCGUCGCGCCGUCUGCGACUGUACGUCUCCCCGGAGGAGGAGCCGCGGGCGGCCGCCGCACCGCCGGCCGCUGACGCCAGCCCGCCGCUGCGAGAGCGGCCCCGCGCGCGAGUGACGCUGGUGGCGGAGCGUCGCGGCCGGGCCCGGCGGAGGAGUGGUGCCGCGCCUCCGCCGGCCGUGGUGGCGCUGGGGCCGCCCGGCGGACUGAGUCCCAGAGUCGAGUCGCCGAUUCCAGCGGAGGAGCUGCUGGAUGUGGCCAUGGUGGGAUCACCGUGUGAGCUCGAAAUAUCGCUGGCGGCUCACCAGCCGAUCACCGACGGCGCAGGAGACGGUUCUGCCGUGAACAUCGCCUCUGCCACUGCUAGCUGCACUGGGAACAUCGGUUAUGCCACCGCUGCUGCGGUGGACAUCUCUGCCGUCCAUCAAAGCACUGAGCUGAGUCAGGCGGACCCGGCCAUCACCGCCGUGCAGAACGCUCAUCAUAGCACUCCGGCCUCGGAUGGGAGUCGUUUGGUCUCCGACGUAGCCCCUGACACGCUCCUUGUCAGGGGCUCCUUGUACGACACUCCUUGCGACGCGGGCUCCGCUCAAGAACGUGUCGCGCCCACUGACAGGGUCGUUACAGUACACUGUGUAUCGUCCAGUGACGGGGCCAUCGCUCCAAACCGUGAUGCGCCCAGCGGCGAUGGGAACAUUACUGUGGACCGUGCCGCAGCCAGUGAGAGUAACAUCGACAAGAGCUCUGACGUGCUCUGUGAUGUAGACACUGCUGUGAGCGGUGACACGCUCCGUAACGCGCCCAGUGACGGGAACGUCUCAGCUGCACAACGUGACGGGCCACAUCCACCAGCCGACAAACGCGUCAGGCGGGCGUCUACCGCUAGCUGCGGCUCUGUUACAGCGCGUAGCACCACUCGCCGGAACAGUGAGAGCCGUGAGCCGCCUGCUGGAGACACGGCACGGCCUUCCCGACGGAGAGCAUCGAGUGCGUUUUACGCCGGCCGUGGCGAAGUUCCUAAUAAAGAGACAGACAUUUUGCGUCCAGUGGUACAGUCGCAUUCGCGUGAACUGGCCGUGGCGGGCACUGUGCAGCCGAGCCAAAAGUGCAGUAUUCCAGUUAGCGGAACCGCGGUGAAGUGCGAUGUUCCGGCGACCGGCGACAGCUCGCGGGUAUCUAUACGGGUUGGUGACACCAGUGACCCUGUUGUGGGUACGGGGAAGGCUCCACCGCGACGUAGUCGGCGUCUGUCGGGGUUCGUGGCUCCCAUCAGUGCCACUGUGCUGGGACGUUCCGGUGGGACCGGAUCACAGGGUGACGGAGACGGGUCGAGCGCUGGUGACUUGGAGCGGUCGUCUGCGAGUCGUGGCUCCGAGGAGAGCCGUGCUGGGGACAUAGCACGCUCAGGAGUUGUUGAGGAAGGUAGCAAGGCUGCUCCAGUGGCUGUGAAGACGAGACGACGGUUUACAGUCGUCAAUGAGAGCAUCAACGAACCCCCAGCUGUGAAAACAAGGCGACUUUCUCUGGCCGUCAAUGAAACUCACAGUGAAGUUCCACGUGCCAGAAAUAGUAGGCGGCGAAGCUCUAUCGUAGUAUCGGAAAGCAACGAGCUCCCAGUGGCUGUGAAAGCUAGACGACGCUCUGUGAUCGCCACCGUAACCACCAGCGAGGCUCCAGCAGCCGCAAGCACCAGGCGACAAUCUGCAAUAUUCAGUGAACGUGGCAAGGAUGUCUCAGCAUCUGUUGUCAAAACAGCAAGGCUUUCUUUAGCCACCACUUCAAGCGACUGCGAGUUUCCAGCUACCGUCAGCACUAGGCGACGAUCUGCAAUUUCCAGUGAACACUGCAAGGAAGUCCCAGCAUCUGUUGUCAAGACAACACGACUUUCUUUAGCCACCACUUCAAGCGGCAGAGAGGUUCAAGCAGCCGCAAGCACAAGGCGUCGAUCUGCAAUUUCCAGUGAACGUGUCAAGGAUGUUGCAGCGUCUGUUGUCAAGACAACUCGUCUCUCCCUAGCCACCACUUCAAGCCGCUGCGAGGUUCCAGCUACCUCCAGCACCAGACGACGAUCCGCAGUGUCCAGCGAACGUGACAAGGAUGUCUCAUCAUCUGCUGUGAAGACAAAGCGAUUCUCCCUGGUCAGCACGGAGAGUAGCGUUGAGGCCCCGGCUGCUGCGAGAAGCAGGCGGCGCUCUGCUAUCCCCAGCGAAGGUGGAAGUGAUGUUCCAAUUGCGGCGAAACCUAGGCGACUCAUGGCAGAUACCAAUGUAAGCAGCAGUAGCGUCCCAGAUCCUGCGAAAACUAGGCGACGCUCUACAGUCGACAGCGGAAGUAGUGAUGACUUCCCGGCAACUGUGACGACCAGACGUUCGCUCGCCUCCGGUGAAGGUGGUAGUGGGGUCGCUGCCACGCUGAAGAGAAGGCGGCUAUUCCUAGACACCACUGAAGUUGACAGUGAUGUACCUGCCGACGUGAAGAGCAGGCGGCGUUCUGCAGUUGUGGGUAAAGUCAGUAGUGAUGUUCCAUCCGCCGCAAAGACCAGACGACGCUCUGCAGUCGCUGUCGUUUCAGCAGAUAUCGCGGAUGCCUCUGCCGCUGUGGAGAACAGACGACGCUCUGCAAUACCCAGAAAGGUUCCAACUCCUACCGAGAAGGGGCGGCGCUCUAUAGUUCCUAGCGAACUCGUCAGCGAUGCUCCGGCUCCUGCGAAGACCAGACGGCGCUCUGCAGUUCCGAGCGAAAUCAGCAGCGAUGGUCCGGUUCUUGCAAAGACUAGGAGGCCCUCUGCAGUUUCGAGCGAACUGGGCAGCAAUGCUAUAGUUCCUGAAAAGACUAGGAGACGUUCAGCUGUUCCGAGCGGAUUGGGCAGCGAUGGUCCGGCUCCCGACAAGACUAGGAGACGCUCUGCAGUUCUUAGCGAACUCGGCAGCGAUGCUCCAGGUGCUGCGAAGACUAGACGGCGCUCUGCAGUUCCUAGUGAAAUCAGCAGCGAUGGUCCGGCUCCUGAAAAGACUAGGAGACGCUCUGCAGCUCCUAGCGAACUUGGCAAUGAUGGUCCGGCUCCCGAAAAGAAUAGGAGACGCUCUGCAGUCCCGAGCGAAAUCAGCAGCGAUGUUCCGGCUCCUGUGAAGACCAGGAGACGCUCCGAUGUUAUUGGUAUGGUCAGAAGCGAUGUUGCUACAGCUGCCAAGACUAGGCGACUCUCCGAUAUUCCUGCUGCUAUGAAGACAAGACGACGCUCUGCAGUCACCAGUGAGAUCAGCAGUGAGGUUCCAGCUGCUGUGAAGUCUGGACUAAGUGCUGAGGCUGACAGUGACGAACAGGCUCCCACGCAGAAGGCAACAGUCGCCGGUGAUGGCAGCGAUGAUGUACUUACCGCUGCCUCAGAGUCCACCAGUAAAUCCAGCGAAGACGUGCCAACCGCUGCUCAGUGCCUGGAUGUCAGCGAAUCUCUGACCGAGUCUGACGCAAGCCCCGUGAUCGGUCAGCGAUGCUCUGCGCCUGAUGAAGCUGACUCGUCCCGGGAGCGUCAGGUGGAUGUCGCCAAGAGACGCUCGUGGUCAGGCGGUGCGGCGGCGAGCCGGGACUCGGACGGCGGCUCAAAGGAUCGCCAGAGGCAGCGGCGGCGCCGCUCCAUGGGUCCCGAGGAGCUGGCGGCCAGUCUGGCGCAGCGCGGCCCGGUGGCGAGACGACGGGUGCACCGCCCGCCUCCACUGCUGCCAUCCGUGCCGGAGGAGUCCCUCUCGGAGUGGAGCUCACCACCGCGGGAGUCCGGAGUGUGACUCAGCGGGUGGUGCCGGCGCGUGACUCGUGUCCAGGGUUGAGAGUGAUGAGAUCGGGUGUGUGCACUCCACUCUUAUAUUUCUAGUGCCACGUCUCGUUAUAAGUGUUAUGUCGUUUUGUUUUGAACCGCUUAGGUUUGGUAAAGAUGUAUGCGAUGGCAAUAAACCUUUUUUAAGUCGAA